AUGGUUCCUCCGGUUCCCACAAAAGACAAUGUCGACCUAGAAUGUUUCCUCGUAACUAAACAUUCAUGGAAAGGCAAAUAUAAACGCAUUUUAUCUAUUGGCACCGCAGGCAUUUCCACGUACAAUCCGGAUAAAUUUGAUCUCACAAAUCGUUGGACAUAUUCAGAUAUUAUUGCUGCUGCCCCAAAUAAAUCAAAUAUUCCUAAUGAAUUUGUGCUUACAAUAAAAAAAGAUAAAAAACUCGACUCAAUAAAAUUAUCAUCAGAAUACCGCAACGAUAUUUUAAGCUCAAUAUUAAAGUAUUACAAAGAAUUUGCUGAUAAACCAAAAAAUGUCCAACGUUUUAAUGGAUAUAAAUACCAUUGGUCAGGAAUUACUUUACCGACAGUGCUGGAGGUGACACCUUGCUCUUUGGAUCAGUUGGAUCCUACAACCAAUGAACUGCUCACUAGUUACAUGUACAAGGAUAUCGAAGGAAUAAUAGCAGGUAUUUCAGAUUAUGAGGGCGGCAUUGUAAUGGCAUAUGGCGGAUUUAGCCGCCUACACCUAUUCAAAGCGGAUAAUCAUCAUGAAAUUGUACAAAACAUAGCUCAACGUUCAUCACAAUUUCUUAGUAUUGAAACGAAAAUUCUCAAAAGCCAAAUAACUUUGGAUCAAUUUGAGCGUCAAAGAUUUGGAAAGUUUAGUGAUGAUCAGUUUCAAACAUCAAUGACUGAAUUUACGGUACAAAAGAUUUCAAAUCGUCAUCCUGAACCAGUUAAACGUAUACUCUGUCUCACCGAAACAACUUUACUCGAGAGAGAUCCUCAAACAUAUAGUGUUUGCACGCUGAGACCUUUGUCAGAUGUUUUUGCGUUAAUAAGAGACAAGGAUAAUUUGCAAAAAUUUUGUAUUGAGUACAAAAAUGGUAUUGUACGCACAUAUUUAACAAACGAUCGUGACUCCCUACUGGCUACGUUGUUGGAUGCAGUUCGUUCAAGUGGCAAUCAGGAUGUUCAUAUACGUAUCAUAAAUACACCACGAGGUAGACGUUAUGUACCACUUAGUAGUUCUGUAGAUGAAGAAACUGAAGCUAAUUUAUUGCGACUUGUAAUAAAUAAUUUUCAAAACCCCACAAAGCGUUAUGAAAUUUUAGAACGGUUUAAUGCAAACAUUCCUCACAGCGGUCUGAACUAUAGUGUUACUCAAGAUAGUUUAUUUGCUGAAAACAAAGAAAAAUUAAUAUUAAGUGCACUUCAAGCAUUAGCACAAAAGGAACUAGACAAUCCAACAGCUCAAUUAAGUAAUCUAGAGUUGGAAGCAAUAUUUCAUGCAUUGACACGUUUACUUGCAAGUAAAGUUGGUUAUGCCGCCUUCACAAAUUUACCUGGUUUUCGUGAAAUUAUUGGUACUAAAAUUGUAGCGGCUUUACGUCGUAAAGAUUUGGCUGUUACAUAUGCCGCUAUUGAUAUGGUAAAUUCAUUGAUGCACUCUGUUAAUGCGGAUCAUGAUUUAAAACAAGAACAGUUAAAUAAAUCAUCAAUUCUUUCAUCAAAAUCCUUUUUGGAGACACUACUUAAUAUGUGGACUGGACAUGUGAGUCAUGGAAGUGGUGCUUUGGUACUCUCAGCAAUGUUAGAUUUCAUGACAUUUGCCUUAUGUGUUCCAUAUAGCGAAACUACAGAUGGGAAACAAUUCGAUAUACUUCUUGAGCUGGUAGCUGAACGUGGUCGUUAUUUAUAUAAACUGUUUCAACAUCCUUCAUUAGCUAUAGUUAAAGGCGCCGGAUUAGUGUUACGAGCAAUUAUUGAAGAGGCCGAACUACAAAUUGCGCAACAAAUGCAAUCGUUAGCUUUAGAUGAGGCGGCAUUAUGUAGACAUUUAUUAGUCGCGUUAUACACACCCUCAAGCGAUCCUACCUUAGCGACGCAUAGACAAUUGUCACGACAUUUGAUUGGUCUUUGGAUAACAGACAAUGAAGAAGCGAUGGAAUUAUUUAGACGAAUAUUUCCUGCUGGCCUGCUCAUGUUUUUGGAAAGUGAAGACAGCGUACCUCAAAGUGAUCUAGAAGAAGAUAAACUUAAUUUUCGUGAUAAUCUCAAAUUUGCCAUUCAACAUUCCAAUAAAACAAGAAAAAAUGUCAUAGAAAAACAUUUACAAGGUAUUAAACAUUGGGGCAUGAAUUUAAUCGAACAACAGGAUCCAGCUACACAAUCUUUGAAAAACCGUCCCGUUGUGCUACGCAACCGACGCCAGAAAAAGAAAACGAGUGAUGCUAUUGUGAAUUUACCUUAUUUCUUUUAUAAUUUUGCCAAAGAUCAUAAUUUACCAAAUUUGAUAUGGAAUCAUAAGACUCGUGAAGAACUGCGAAUUUGUUUAGAAAACGAAUUACGUCAGUUUAUUAACGAUAGAGACUUAGCAGGAACUUUAAUUGUGGCUUGGAAUUAUCAAGAAUUUGAAGUGAACUAUCAGUGCUUAGCCGAUGAAAUUCAAAUAGGCGAUUAUUACAUUCGAUUGAUUUUAGAAAAGGAUGAUUGGCCACAAAAUCUUGUAAAAGAUCCGAUCGAACUGUUUAAUGCCUUAUAUCGAAGAGUUUUAUGUCGGCAACGUGUUAAUGAUGAUCAAUUGACUGUCACAUCAUUACAAGCCUUAGCUAAAGUCUACAAACGUUACCAUAAGGAAAUAGGCAAAUUUAGUGAUAUGUCAUAUAUAUUGCAGCUUAGUGAUCGAUGUUUAUCACCAUCUCUAAGAGACGCACUUAUUAAUUUGAUAUCAUGCUUAGUAUUAGAAAAGGCAAAUUGUCGUGCACUUGUUGAUCACGUACAGUGUCUAGUAGAUCUAAUUACCCUUGCUCAUUUACAUAAAGGUCGUGCCUUGCCAAAUACAAAAACAAAUGUAAUCGAAGCUGGUCCCAAUAUGCACUUGUACGAAGAAAAGGAUUGGUAUUACAAUAUAGAAAAAGAUGGUCAGAAGCCUGAGCGGCAGGGACCAAUCACAUAUUCUGAACUAAAAGAAUUGUGGCAAAAAGGUAUUAUAACACCAAAAACUCGUUGCUGGGCGGUCGGUAUGGAUGGGUGGCGUUCUCUACAGCAAAUUCCACAAUUGAAGUGGUGCCUUAUUGCUAAAGGCUCUCCUUUAUAUAAUGAAACAGAAUUAUCGUCAAAAAUUCUUGAUAUUCUCAUAAAAUGUACAAGUUUUUUUCCCAGUCGUACUCAAAAUGGAGUUGCAGUGCUUAUACCAGGACCUAAACUGUCGAGAAAAUUAUCUGAGUUUAUUUGUUUGCCACACAUAGUGCAAGUAUGCUUGACACAUGAUCCAGGUUUGUUAGAACGAGUUGCUACUUUACUCUGCCAAAUCAUGGAGGACAAUCCCGAAAUGCCCAAAGUUUAUUUAACCGGUGUAUUUUACUUUAUGUUAAUGUAUACUGGAAGCAAUAUAUUACCUAUUACUAAGUUCCUUAAAUUAACGCAUAUGAAACAAGGUUUUCGAAGUGAAGAGACAUCUCAGUCAGGAAUUAUGCACCGGAGUAUAUUAGGGCAAUUAUUGCCAGAAGCAAUGGUUUGUUUUUUGGAAAACUACAGCGCUGAAAAAUUUGCUGAAAUAUUUUUAGGUGAAUUUGAUACACCUGAAGUAAUUUGGAGCUCUGAAAUGCGAAGGUUAUUAAUUGAAAAAAUAUCAACGCAUAUUGCCGAUUUUACGCCUAGAUUAAAGGGUCAUACUAUGGCUAGAUAUCCAUACUUAGCAAUACCUGCGAUAAGUUAUCCUCAACUCGAAAAUGAACUUUUUUGUCAUAUAUAUUACUUGCGACAUUUAUGUGAUACACAGAAAUUUCCAAAUUGGCCUAUUACUGAUCCCGUACAAUUAUUGAAGCACACUCUUGAGGCUUGGCGUAAAGAGGUGGAAAAAAAACCACCUCAAAUGACAGUUCAACAGGCAUAUCAGGACUUGGGAAUCGAUUUAGCUAAAAACCCAAAACCAGAGGAGUCCAUGAUACGCAAGAGCUAUUAUCGACUUGCACAGAUGUACCAUCCUGAUAAGAAUCCUAAUGGUCGUGAAGUAUUCGAAAAAGUGAAUCAAGCUUAUGAGUUUUUGUGUUCUCGUUCAAUGUGGAGUUGUGGAGGGCCCGAUCCGAAAAAUAUAAAUCUGAUACUACGAACGCAGAGUAUAUUAUUUGAGCGUUACCCUGACGUUUUACGCCCCUACAAGUAUGCGGGCUAUCCACAGUUAAUAAAAACAAUAAGACUUGAAACUCGCGAUGAUGACCUUUUUGCCAAAGAGGUGCAACUACUUACUGCAGCUUCAGAACUUUGCUAUCAUACCGUCCAUUGCUCAGCCUUAAAUGCAGAAGAACUUCGGCGUGAAGAAGGAAUUGAGGCUCUUUUGGAAGCUUAUACAAGAUGUGUUUCUAUAUUAGGAGCAGAUUCAAAACCAGACUCAUUGCAUUAUCAAGUGAUAUCAAACGUGACACGGUGUUUCGAAGUCGCCUGCAAUUUUGAGAAAUGUAAACAAAAAAUAAUUACGUUACCGCAACUGUUGUCAGACGUAUGCAGAGUUGUCUAUUUUAAGCAUACUCUUUCCGUAAGUUUGGUUACAAGUUUAGCAGCCAAUAACUAUGAAUUACAAUGCAAUUUAGUAUGUAACGGUGUUUUAUGGUCAUUAUUAUUAUUUACAUUUGAGUAUGAUUAUACGUUGGAUGAGAGUGGUGUCGAAGCCAAUGAUAAAACUAAUCAACAACAACUAGCAAACAACUUGGCAAAAAUGGCUGUUUUAGCUUGCAUUGCACUGGCUGGUUAUGGUCUAGAGUCUCAAAAAAAUGAUAAGUCUGCUACGAGUUCACCUACAAUUUCAAGUAAACCUGCUCCAGCGAUCAAAGCUAAGUCCAAUGCUGGUGCUGCAAACUCAGCGUACACACAAAAUGCACAAAACCCUUUACAAAAUGCUAAUAAGCAGUUAGCCAUAACGUCGGGCAUUGAUGCUUCUGAGACGAUAACAAAACAAGAUUCAAGUUCAAGCGAAAAGUCAGACACUGUUUCAUCAUCUGACAGUGAAAAAACAAAUGAUUCGUACCAGCAAAAGUACACUGUGUGCUCUGAAGCAAAAAACACGUUCGUAAAACAAGUAUUAGAUCGCUUAUUGACUGAUUAUAUAUCAAAUAAAAUGGCUAAAGAAAAAUCUAGUGAGAUAUUAAAAAUGCUGACUUCAAAUACUCGAAAUCCAUAUUUGAUAUGGGACAAUGGCACAAGAGCGCAACUACUAGAUUUCUUAGAACAACAACGCACAAGUUCAGUUAAGGAAACAUACGAAGAUAUAACCCAAAUGUAUGAAGUUGUUAAAACAUUUGAAUUUGAUGCUCACAAGGACGAGUUACAAAUCGGUGGAGUUUUCAUACGUAUCUACAAUGAAAUGCCUACUUUUCCAAUUGUGAAUCCUAAACAGUUUAUAAUUGAACUGUUAGAAUUUUUAAAACAAGCUUAUCAUUUCUUAACUAGUUCAAAAAAUGGUAGAUUCGUAGACAACUCUAAAGUAAGUGACAGUGCAAUGAAAGAUGGUAUAUUAACACCUACAAUGGCACCAAAUCAUCCACAGUUACAACAACAGAACAAGGGUAGCACAUUCGAUGAAGUCUUAAAUGCUUAUAAUCGUUCGAAAAACAGAAAAAAAUUAAAAGCAGAUGCAGUAUUAGAACAGAAACUAGCGAAACAGACAUAUAAACAUGACUAUGCUAAUGACACUCAUCUUCUGGAACAUAUUAUCAUCGUACUUCGUGCAUUAAUUGCAGUAAUAAAAUCAAAUGAAGAAGUUGAAAUUCAAUGUAUAGGAAGUUUCGAUGUUAUUUAUGGGUUCCUGGCUAAUAAUUUAUUUUCAGAGAAUUCAACUGUUAAAUCUAUUGCACUUGAAGUAGUUGCAUUAGUGUCACGAAAUAAAGACUGCGUAUCUGAAAUUGCAUCAUGUGAAUUAUUAGGUAGUUUCUUGGUUGCUCUCAAAGAUCAAGAUUUACGUGCCAGUCAGGUAAAAGUGUUAGAAACACUUUCAGGAUUAAUGAAUGUACAAGAAAUGAUAAAGGAAGCUCAACAGAAGGGUGCCAUUAUUUAUUUACUGGAUUUGUUCUGUAAUUCGAGAAAUCCACAAAUAAGAGAAAUGUGUGCCGAAAUAAUGGCUAAAAUGACAGCCGAUCGACUAAGUGGGCCGAAGGUGCGUAUUACGAUAUCCAAAUUUCUUCCGCCACUUUUUCUUGAUGCAAUGGUGGAAUCACCUCAAACUUCUGUGCAAUUAUUUGAAUCUAUACAUGAACAUCCAGAGCUUAUUUGGAAUGACAAAACACGACUUAAUGUUUGCGAUGCUGUUGCGGAAAUGUGUGAAAGUUUCUAUAAAGUACAAAAGUUUAAUGCUAAACAUAUUUGGAAGGAUCCGGAGGUAUUGAAAGAUAUUAUUUCAAAUGAGGUUGUAGUUGCUGGUGUUUAUUUGCGUUUGUUUGUAAGUAAUCCCGCUUGGACAUUGCGUAAACCGAAACAAUUUUUAUCUGACCUAUUGGACUUUGUGGUGGCACAAAUAAGCAAGAGUUCUACGGAGAAGGAAGUAUUAGAGUUAUCAACUAAUGCACUUGUUGAAUUACUUCGUUCACAACCAAACUUAGCUGACGAUAUCCCUGUUCUGGGUCAUAUACCAAAAUUAUUUAAUUUAUUAGCUGUACAGCCGAAAAUUACGUUGUCUGUCUUGCACCAAUUAUCACUAUCUGAAUUUUGUGUAAAUGCCGUUUCUCAAACUGAAUGCAUCUUGCCACUGAAACGUUGCAUGGAAAAUAAUAAAGAUUGCAUAGAAAAAUCAUGUGAAACACUCAGCCGUUUAUUUAAAUAUCAAUUUGACUCGUUUAUUAGUCAAUCACUAGAAGUUAAUCUCAUACCGUAUUUGCUGGGUUUAUUAGAUAGUCGACUAGAUUACGUUGAUAAUCCAUCAGCCGUUAAGGCUCAAAUUGUGGCAGCACUGAAAGGAAUGACACAUAAUCUAAACUAUGGAGAUCGCGUUACGCAAAUACUUUUAAAACAUCAAGUUUGGUAUGAGUUUAAAGAUCAACGACACGACCUGUUCAUAACUGACACGAAUAUAAGAGGUUAUCUUACAGGUAUUAAUCCUACUGCUGGCUAUUUAAUGCAAGGGCCAGCACAGAAUGUAGAAGUACUGACUUCUCCUCCACCAAUCGAUCGAGAUGAUCCCUCUGCCCGACCACCCUCAGAUUAGUUAAUUAAUAUAUUGUAAAUAUAAAGUGAAAAUUAUAAAUGUCAAACAUUUAAAAUAAGUAUUCGCGAGA